AUGGAAACCAAGCGAAUAGAUGAGAAAGUUAUGCCAAUCGAAAGUGUGCUAAUGCUUACAUCUGUAGUACAGCACUGGGGUCUUGCAGUGACUUUCCGUAAUCUAUCCUGGUUGGCAGAACUUUUGCGCAAUUCAUACUCGGGUAAGAUGGAUGAGCCUUACCUGCGGAAGCCACGCAUUGUCUACCGGACCGGCGUGCCCAAUCCCUUGACGCUCGAUCAGUACAGCGCUGUUCUUGGUAAGUCCACGUUUUACCCAUCGGAUAAAGUUGAAAAAAAUCGAAAUUUGGUAUGUACCAAUGGACCAAUGUAUCGACCAGACGGUGGUACCAUUGUGGUAUAUGAUUGUACUCUCUAUCCACGUGGUACCUUGAAUGAUGACCAAGUACGACGUACUUUUCGUGUUGAUGGUUACCGAUGGGGAAAUUCCAAGGGUGUUCACAAUUUGAGCAACGGAUUGCAAAAACGAUAUAAUUUACUUUACUGCAAAAAUGAUCCACAUGGCGACGAUAGAUUUAUACGUUGCGAAUAUUCUCGAGAGCCAUGUGGUUUGGUGCUUUUCCAUUACAUUGGCGACCACGUCGCAGCAGCUCAAGUGUCUGACAAUGCACCACAUGGAAAUGCCAAACGAACUAAUCAGCCAUUUCUUCGUACAUUACCAAUUAUAUUACAAGAAGUGAAAGAACAGAGCAUCACAAACAAUAAUGCGGUUGAGAUUUAUGAUCGAUUGAUGGAACAAAGUAUUUAUGAUCAGUGCUCGAGUAGCUCGCGAGUUACUCCACGGAGAUUACGUAACAAGGAACAAGUGAGAAAUGUAAUGAAAUCAUUUCGACAGAAGUUGGCCAGGAAUAGCUUGUACAUCCAGCCUCGACCAACGUCCCUGUAUGUUACGGAACAAGAAGCAUCAGCGCUUGGAAGACGUGUUUUGCGGAGAUCGAACGCAGAGUUAGAUAGAAAUCAAGUGGAGGUUGUUGAAGGCGGUGUUUUCGAACGGAUGCCGGACGGUCAAACACCUGUCGUAUUGAAAAAAGCUCGAACUGAAGAUGACUCGGAGUCGAGCUAUGCGCCAAUUGAUGUGACAACGGUUGAUACUCAAAACAUAAAAACAAGAGCACCUUACGGACCAGAUCAUUCGUUCGUUCGACAAGGCGGUAAAUUUCAUCUUUUGGUUGGUAUUACUGGAUCAGUCGCAUCAAUCAAACUUUCUGAACUUAUAACGGAACUUCAUAAAAAUAGUCCUGAAGAAAAAUUGGUCAUUCGAAUAGUUGCAACUGAUGCCGCUCGAACAUUUAUUGAUGAAUCAUCAUUUGAUGUUCCCAUUUACACUGAUUUGGAUGAGUGGAACAUGUGGAAAAAACGUGGUGACCCAGUUCUACAUAUUGAAUUAAGAAAAUGGUCAGAUGCGAUGUUAAUUGCACCAUUAGAUGCAAAUUCGAUGGGUAAAAUAGCGAAUGGCAUAUGUGAUAACAUUUUACUAUCCAUCGUACGCGCAUGGGAUCCUCGAAAACCUUUAUACUAUGCACCAGCAAUGAAUGUUGCCAUGUGGGAAAAUCCGCUAACGUAUCAGCAUCGUAAAGUCUUGAAGGAAUUGUUACGAUAUAAGGAAAUACCGCCAAUUGAAAAAGAAUUAAUGUGUGGUGAUACUGGCUCAGGCGCUAUGGCAACUGUGCAGAUGAUAGCAUCAAUUGUCGCCAGCGAGUUAUAUGGAUGUUGGCAGCCAAUUAAUCAAGAACUGGAAAAUCGUAAAGCAGUGAACGAUUUGUAUUUGCGAAAUAUUAGUUUUUCCCUCGAGAUUGAAUAUUCAUUUGAGAAUUAUGGUUGCCCGAGGUCAGUUGCAUACGGGGUUAUUCUAGUUAGUGCUUGGCUGGAAGAUUUCCCAUAUCGGAACGUUAUUCCCGGUGUUGUACGAGGUUAUUCACGUCGAUUCUGGCAGCUUAGUCCCGACCAUAGAGGCACAGCGAGUAGUCCCGGUCGUACAGUGACAUUAGUAGCAGAUGAAAAUGGUUCAUGCUGGGGGUUAGCUUAUGAAGUUGCUGAGGAGCAAGCAUCGGAUACAAUCAAAUAUUUGGAUUUACGAGAAAAGGCUGGCUAUUUGAGAAAAGAAGUGAUGUUUUAUCCCGACAAUGGUAGUUCAUUUUUUCCAAUAAAUGUUUAUUUGGCUGCUGAAGGAGAGAAUCCCUAUUUUACAGGUCCCACUGAUGAAAAAAGCAUUGUUUGUACCAUACUUAAAGCUCGUGGACUAAGUGGUACGAACAUUGAAUAUGUAUUACGAUUAGCAGAAUGCGUGCAUCGAAUGGCACCGCAUAUUAACGAUGAACAUCUGUUUACGAUUGAAAAAAAAGUUUUAGAUGAAUGUCGUCAGUUGAACAUUCAGGAUGAUUACUUGACUAAAUAUUUGAAUCAAAAACGUCUAAAUUAA